CGGAGGGAACAGUUUUCGCGUUUCUCGGAAAGCGUAAGGAUAGUUGAUCAUGCCUGAUCCAGCCAAGUCCGCUCCAGCCGCGAAGAAAGGCUCCAAGAAAGCGGUGACCAAGACCCAGAAGAAAGAUGGGAAGAAGCGCAGGAAGACAAGGAAGGAGAGUUACGCCAUUUACGUGUACAAGGUGCUGAAGCAGGUGCACCCCGAUACCGGCAUCUCCUCCAAGGCCAUGAGCAUCAUGAACUCCUUUGUCAACGAUGUGUUUGAGCGCAUCGCAGGGGAAGCCUCCCGCCUGGCUCAUUACAACAAGCGCUCCACCAUCACCUCCCGGGAGAUCCAGACCGCGGUCCGCCUGCUGCUGCCUGGGGAGCUGGCCAAGCACGCCGUGUCCGAGGGCACCAAGGCUGUCACCAAGUACACCAGCGCCAAGUAACUGCUGCCCCAUCUCCUGCCCUACUCCCGGCAACACAAAGGCUCUUCUAAGAGCCACCCAUUUUCUCACUAUAAGAUCUGUUAUUGGCUAUAGGCGCUUUGUAUAAUAUAAAUGAACGGUAAUCGGUGAAUAUUAUGGGGAAACAGCCGGUAACAUUGGCACCAGGGAGAAUCUGGGGUAUAAUUCUAGUUGGCGGGGCUGAAGUUGCUCUAACGC